AUGGAGAAUGGUCAAAUUCCACAUGAUAAUGACCGGGAGCAGGUCCCACCAGCAGCAGAUCCGCUAAUCGUGCAGUUCAUGCACCUGAUGCAGCAACAGCAGCUUCAGCACCAGCAGCUAAUGGCACAGUUUCUCCAGCGGCAGCAGCAAAACGACGAGCAGCAGCAAGCAUUUUUCCGGAGUGCAGUUUCAUCUAUCCACGUACAAGUACCACCCAACCCAGAGCAAAUUCUUGACUCUUUGGCAGGCAACGUGAAGGAAUUUCGCUACGACGCUGACAAUAGCGUCACGUUUGCGGCUUGGUACAGCAGGUAUGAAGAUUUGUUCGAGAAAGAUGCCGCUCGUUUGGACGACGAAGCGAAAGUCAGGUUACUGCUGCGAAAGCUGGGCGCAGUUGAACAUGAAAGAAAGCGAUGCAGAAACCCGUACACGGCUGCUUUCCAGGAUUGA